AUGCAACGCAAGAAGAAGAACAGAAAAGCACAUGAGGACCCGCUUCUGCCGCCAGUUGCACGGGGCUCCAUUUGUGCCUCUAGAGCAGAGUACAUUUAUCAUCUAAGUAAUUAUAAGUACUUAUUCUUUCUUGUUUUUGCAUUUGCACACACGAAAAAAAGCAACUACAAGGAAGAUGACGUUGAGUCCAG